AUGCACGAUCUCGGAACCAACUUUAAUUCGGCAACGUUCCGAAACUACUUUAAAAGUAUUAGCAGCACCUUAAAGCAGAUGCUUAUAAAAGCCUAUCAUAGCGUCGGGCUAGUAAAACGCUACUACGUCCUUGUGCGACGCGCCUUUAAGAUCGUCACAAAAGAGCUUCUAAAAGCUUUAAAAGAAGACCGGCUUCAAAUAGCUAUCAAAGCUAUUAACGACACAGCUGGACCUAAUAGCUUAGUUCUUAUACUCUUCGUUUUUAAGACCUUACCGAGGCUGACGGAGCAAGAUCGACUUGCCGCGUUUACCCAAGAGCGUAUUGUUGCUAUUAAUAAAGCUAUAAGAAAAGUACGAAAAUGCUACGCUGCGAAGCAGCUGCUAAAAGAGUUGCAAGUACUUAAAAUAAAAGCGGAAAAAGAGGUAGAAGAAAAGAAGUACGAUCUUAAUAUCUCGACCGUACUCGACGAAAAAGAAAGCGAUUCUUACGUUCUAUUUACUAAAGACUCCGAAGUGUUGAUUACCGACAAAGAACGCCGGGACUAUAAGCUCUUAGCUAAGCUACGAGUUAAAAGAAUUAUUAAGAGCUUCGAAGCACCAUUUCAAGAGUCUAAAGCAAAGGAAUUAGCUAGAUUGAUAGCUUAA